UUAAAAACUGCUAGAAUAUGAUCGAUUUUGUGGGAAUAAUUUUUGCUAUUCUUAUUGUCAUUGGUGGCGUUAUCGGCUACGCACGUGCAGGCUCCAAGAUUUCGCUUUGCUCUGGGUUACUUUUCGGAGCCGGUAUUGGAGCUGGGGCAUGGCUGAACUCAUUGCAAACCCCGUUUCCAUUCGUGCAGAUCGUGGUUCUGUCUCUGCUGAUCAUAGUCAUGAUGGUGCGGUUCUACGCGACGAGAGGCUUCAUGCCAGCUGGAAUGGUACUUCUGUUAACACUGUGCGUUAUGGUGUGGACAAUUGUCAUCUAUGGUGACUAUUUAACUCUUGAUCGAGGUUUGCGCAGUUCGAGCGGACAUUCGAACAAGACAAUAAACGUUUACGACGACAAUCGUAAACUGGAGUGACCCGGAACAACUUCAAGAGCUUUCUGAUUUGGAAAUACGAUGAGCUAACUACAUUGCAUUGAAGUAUUUUAUACACUGUAGAAGCAAACAUUGAAACUGAUCUCUUUGUUUGAAAAGUACAUCGAUCAUCUUCCAUUCAACUAAAUUAUUGUAUUGAACUUGUUGACGACUUUUUUGAUCGUCAUACACGAAUUGUGUACCUAUUUAUGUUCAUCUGUUGGAGAAUUAGUAUUCUCAUUGUAGUAAUGUCUAAAGGACACAUCAAUUGGCAUUCGAGUCUCAGGAAAACUAUAAAAGUUGCAUCUACGUAUCGUUGACGAUUAAACGUUGAGAUUAUUAUUACAAGUUUCCAGACCUCUGUCAGGUAUGAACUAAACCGUGUGUUGUAUGCCCAAUUUAAGGCAUUCUUCUUUAGUUUUUUGACCGUUGACGGUUUGCGGGAAAUGGGCAAUUGGGCCAUUUUGAAUGAAUAAAUGCAUUUGUAAUAUUUUUAUAUUUAGUAUCAACCAAAGGUUUACCGUUUAUUAAAUUUGAUUGUAAAACAUGAAACUUGUAGCUGAUUAGUAUCCCUUAAUCGUGUGGGCGAGAUCCCAAUUCUGUGCGACGAACAUGUCGGCAUCGAGCUGUACUCCGUCGGCUGUACAGAUAGC